AGCAACCACCGGAAGUGCCGCCCAAGAAGGUGGAGUCCGGGAGGUGGCGGCGGCGGUGGCGGUUGCCAGGAUCCCGCGUUGCCGCCUGAGACCCGUAAUAUGGCGGGGAGGAGAAGGAGAAGGAAGCGGCGGACCGAGCUGCUCUCUGUCAGUACAAAUUGAGUUGUUUGCUUCCUGACAAGGCCCGUGGCGAAGGAGAAAAAGCCUGACCCGGCCGUGGGAGAUCAGUGCCUACUGUGUGCUGACGCUGUUCUGUGUAAUGGGGAUUCAGUGGUGAGCAAGACUGAAAAGGUACCUGUGCUUAUGGAGCUUACGUUUUGGUGGAGGAAGACAGACAAAACCCAAGGAAAUAAACAAGAUAAUUUCAGAUAGUGUGUAAUUGUGGGAAGAUGGAGGAGUAUGAGAAGUUCUGUGAGAAUAGUCUUGCCAGAAUCCAAGAGGCAUCACUAUCCACAGAGAGCUUUCUGCCUGUCCAGUCUGAAAGCAUCUCACUUAUUCGCUUCCAUGGAGUGGCUGUGCUUUCUCCACUGCUUAACAUUGAGAAAAGAAAGGAAAUGCAACAAGAAAAGCAGAAAGCACUUGAUGUAGAAACCAGAAAGCAUGCUAUUAGGAAGAAAGCUCUAUUGACUCGGGUCCAAGAGAUUCUUGAAAAUGUUCAGGUUAGAAAAGCACCUAAUCCCAGUGAUUUUGAUCCAUGGGAGACUGAAACAGUUUAUUCUGAUUCAGAAGUCAGAAACUUGAAUGUCCCUUCCACAUUUCCAAAUAUCUUGCCAAGCCCUACUGAACACUCUACUUUAGGAAAGCUUGAAAAGACAACUGGAAUUUUGCCAUUGAAUCAUGAGGACCAAUUUAAAGCUAAUGGGACAGAUUCAGCUAGGGACUCAGAAUUUAAUUCUCUGAAGCACUGUGAUAGUUCAGAUGUUGUUACCCCCGUGGAAAAGGAAGCUUCCGCAAAGAUCCCCUCAGCAACCCCUCAGGAAACUCUUCUGUCCGAUGGUCUCUUCCCAUCCAGUGAAGAACUGGACCCAACACUUUUGGAGGAAGUUACUCCAGAUCCCUACAUAAUGAGUCUUCAGAACCUGAUGAAAAAGUCAAAGGAGUAUAUAGAAAGAGAGCAAUCUAGACGCAGUCUGAGAACUAGUGCGAAGAGGAGUGUCCACGAGAGUCACUCAGAUAAGGAAAACGAAGCUGUGAAAGUGACCGACUGUGGGAAGGAGAAGGCGUGGCCUUCCAGACCCUGUGCUUCAGUGAUUCCGGACAAACCAAGCCUUAAUAAAUCAAAUGUUCUUCUCCAAGGUGCUUCCACUCAAGCAAGCAGCACGAAUGAGUCCGUGUUCGGUAGCUUUUCUAAAGUGGACAUACCCGUACGAACUGGCCAUCGCACUGUUUUAGACCCCGAAUCUGAUUUUAAAGUCAUUCCCACUUUUGUUCCCGAGAAUAACAUUAUCAAAAGUCUUACUGGUUCAUAUGCCAAAUUACCUAGUCCAGAGCCAAGCCUGAGUCCUAAAAUGCAUCGAAGGCAUUCGAGGCCAUCAUCAGCAUGUCAUAUUCUUAUAAAUAACCCGAUAAAUGCCUGUGAGUUAAGUCCUAAAGGAAAAGAGCAGACAGUAGACUUAGUUGUUCAAGAUACUGAUGAAAAAACAAACAUACCUGAAACUGUGCCAAAGUUACCAGUUGAUUUAGUAGGAGUUUGUCCAAGCAAGGUUUAUGUCACCAAAAAUACAUCUGAAGCCAUACAGGAAGUGGUUGUAGGUAAAUCAAAUCAGGUAUGCCAGUCUUCAGGAAAUCAGUUAGGAAACAAGGUCAUUCCUGGACUUGCCGUCGUGGAAGGUCAGUUAACGUCCGAUGGGAGAGGACCACCCAAGAUGGACAGUACGUGUCCUACAAUGCCAAGAUUGCAUGAGCCAUAUGCCACCAGUCAGUGUAUAGUGAGUCAAAACUUUGGAAGCGUGAGUGCCCUCAAGUCAGCCAGUGUGCUGGAGAAAAACACCUGUAAUUUACAAAUGGAACUGAAUAAGUCUUAUGAUGUAAAAAACCCAUCUCCUUUAUUGAUGCAAAACCAGAAUGCCAGACAGCAGAUGGACACCCCUACAGUGGCCUGUGGCAAUGAACUGUUUUUGGAUAACAGUUUUGAGAAAGUUAAACGGAGACUUGAUUUAGAUAUUGAUAAUUUGCAAAAAGAAAACUGCCCUUAUGUCUUAGCGACAGGAAUAGUUGAACAGGAAAGGCAGCAUUUGCCAGAAAAAAGAUACCCCAGGGGAUCUGUCUAUAUGAACAAGAAUAAAAUGUUAGAAAGUAGUUUCAAAGAAGGCGAGGAGAUAUUAAAAAGCAAGAUGUUAGCUUUUGAAGAAAUGCGGAAGAGGCUAGAAGAACAGCAUGCCCAGCAGUUAUCGCUACUCAUAGCUGAGCAGGAAAGGGAACAGGAAAGAUUGCAGAAGGAAAUAGAAGAACAGGAGAAAAUGUUAAAAGAGAAGAAGGUGAUUGCAGCUGAAGCGUCUGAAUCGGGCAGCAACAACGCGGCGGACUUAGAAUGGAGAAAAAUAAAUGAGUCUGGUUUGCUGGAAACGAUGCUGUCUCAGGUGGACUCGCUCCGUCCUUCAAACUCAAAUAGCUCUGGUUUCACAAGUUCUGCCCUGCAGCACAGCUUUGCUUCUACAAACGAAGCACCCUUCUACCUCUGGGGCUCAUCAACUAGUGGCUUGACCAAGCUCUCAGUAACAAGGCCUUUUGGAAGGGCCAAACCUAAAUGGUCUCAGGUUUUCAGUCCGGAAUUACAAACAAAAUUUAAUAAGAUAACUGCAGUGGCAAAAGGAUUUCUUACUCGAAGGCUUAUGCAGACAGAUAAGCUGAAGCAACUUCGCCAAACUGUAAAAGACACUAUGGAAUUCAUAAGGAGUUUUCAGUCAGAAGCACCAUUGAAGAGAGGAGUUGUUUCAGCACAAGAUGCUUCUCUUCAGGAAAGAGUGUUAGCUCAGUUGCGAGCCGCCCUCUAUGGUGUUCAUGACAUAUUCUUUGUAAUGGAUGCCGCUGAAAGAAUGUCUAUUCUCCAUCACGAUCGAGAAGUUCGCAAAGAGAAGAUGCUCAGGCAAAUGGACAAAGUGAAAAGUCCACGAGUGGCCCUGUCGGCUGCAACACAGAAGUCUCUCGAUAGGAGGAAGUACAUGAAAGCUGCUGAAAUGGGAAUGCCAAAUAAGAAAUUUCUGGUUAAGCAGAAUCCUUCCGAAACAAGCAGAGUCCUUCAGCCAAACCAAGGACAGAAUGCACCCGUUCACAGGCUCCUCAGUAGACAAGGCUUUGGGGAAGUGUAUCACCCGGGAAUAUUUCUAUCUGCAUGUAAAGCCAUGAAAAAUUUCUCCCUCUGGCCACAAGAUCACAUGUGAAUAUGCCAAGUGGGGGGGGGUAAGUUUUGUUUUUGUUGUUUUAUGGAUUUUAAAUUGUUUAUGGUGGCAAGAAGACAAAUUUAGUAUUAAGCUAAUGCAAAGCUGUUAAGCUACUGUUUUAAUAUUUUGUGGGUAUCUUUGUUAAGACACAUUGAUAAGCUCACCAGAAAUUAUGUGAUCCAUUAAAAAAUACUUUCAAAGUGCUUUGCUUUAACUGCACUGCUUUCUAAACAUUUAGAAGAAACCUAAAUUAAUCGCUAGAAAAUGAAGAUUAAAUCUCUAAUCAAUUCUAAUCUUCCAUUAAUAUGCAAUUAGGCAUAUUUCAGAGCUUUUAUUACUAAGUGAUUUCCUCCACAUUAGGAGGGAAUGAACAACAUAAAUUUUCUCGUGUUACUGCUAUUUGUUCACAAAAGUUUGAAGAGGGAAUGAGAUGUACUGAUCAUAACUUUGAAGUGAUUGCUGACUUUUUGCACUUAUAUGGUGAAUUUAAUUCAUUAUGUUGCAUAUGUAGAGUAUAAUAUAAAAGGUCAUCUUUUGGAAGAUGCUGUGAGUGACAGUCAGUGGGGUUGUUUUAAAGGAGACUGUGUAGCUGAAGAUCCUGCUUAUUCCAGAGGUGUUCGGAAUCAGCUGGUUUGAAAGGUUUCUGGAAGAACUCAGACCAAACACCAGAUGUGUUGCUUGUGAAGUUCUAUGGAAUUUUAAGACCUUGGCAUUUUUUUCCCAUAUUAGACUUAUAUAUUGUGACAAAUCCUGGCCAGUUGGUGAUUCACUGAGGAAUUAGUAUUGUUUUGUGUGAUAUUCUCCACUUGCCAUGGUGAUGACGAUCCACAUUCUUGUCUCAUGCAUUCCAUCUCCACUGUUUGUCCCUCGUGAAUCUGUAAGAAAAAGAACAAGUAACGCUCAACAGUAUGGAGGAUGAGUAGGAGGUCAUUGCCGUUAGUAACGUACUGAAGUUCAGUAUCUAGAACUAGUGUGGUUUAAUUGUACUGCUUCAUAAUUAUUAAUACAAAGGAACUUACCACAUAUAAUUAUUAUAUAUCUAAACAAGUACAAAAUUUCCUGUUUUUUUCUAAAGAUUUAUUUGUAAAUGAGUGCCUUAUUUAUACAAAUGAAAAAGACUAGGAUUUUAUCAUUUUACAUAAAUUGGAAAUUUGGGAUAUGCCUGACUAAUAUUCUAACUGAAUUUCAACAUAGAGAGCCAUAGUGGCAGUUGGGAAAGAUCAUUCUUUCUUGCUUAGAUUUUUAAUGACCUGGAUUAUGUUUGAGACAAACUUAAACUUCAUGCUUUAUUUUGAUGUGCAUGGAGAAUGAACCCUUUAUUUAGCAAUUGAUAGAAAGCUCAUUUUUGUUGUGAUGAUAGACUUUCAUACUCUUAGACCGAAGUAGGAUGCAAAGGCUUAUAGUUUGCUGCAAAGCAGUUAAAGUUGUUUAUAGUUCUUAUAAACUAAAUUGCAAUCUCUGAUCUCAUGUUUUAAAACAUUUGCUCAUUUGAUGUCUUGUGCUUGACUCAGGAGUUUAUAGUGACAUUCAGAAGCCACUAAUUAAAGCAAAGUAGAAGCAGUAAUGCGAAAUGGUUGUUAAGUAAAACAACAAAUCAGGUGUAACUGGGUUCUCCGAGUCUGCUUCUGGCUGCUUCUUAGGCACGUGACCUACUCUCCCAUGUCUUGAUUUUAUUAUCCUUAAGAUAGUAGUAACAGUUUCUACCUUGGGAUUAUUUAUGUAAGGAUUAAGUAUGAUCAUGUAUAUCGCUUAGCUCGGUGCCUGGUUUACAGUGAACAUUAAUUAAUUGGAAUUAUAGAAAAAUUGACACUGAGAAAUAAUAAUAGUUUUGCUCUAU